AUGCCAGCUCCAUUAUCAUUUGCACCAACAUCAGUUGCGUCAAUGCCAGCCCCUCUUUCAGUUGUAUCGAUCCAACCUGCAUCGAUACCAGCUCCAUUAUCAGUUGCGACAUCAGUUGCGUCGACACCAACUCGAUUAUCACUUGCGUCGAUAUCACCACCCUCGCAACCAUUAUCAACCUCAUCAAGUCAACCAGCCCUGUCCAAAGGCACCUGGAGAGAAUCAGAACAAGAACGCCACGACAGAAUUAAAGCAUGCAAUAAACCUGCCACAGAGACUUGGCUGGAAAUGCUCAUGAAAGAAUGUCGAGACGAGUCAUCACUUACCCACAAGACUCUAUGCAAUCUCAUUCGAUAUAGCAAAUCAAGCGAAAAAGCCGGGAAGGACGUUAGCGAUUUUCUGAAAACCGACAUUUGGAUCGACUCGGAACUCAACUACGCCUACUUGGGUCCUUAUUCCGAGACACAGCGUCGAAGGAAAUCGUCUUUGAAAGAACUUGUUCCGAUUGCUGGAAGUACCGAUAAACCUCCUGAUGUUAUUACGAAAGUAAUUCUGGAUGACUGUACCGAUUGCUUUGAGUUCAUCUGCUCAAGAUUACCUGAGUUGAAUUGCUAUGGCUGCAAUCGAUUCGGGUGGAGUUUUAUUUCGAUUGCGAUCUUCGGGCACUCGAUGCGGAUCCUUGAGUAUUUAUUCUCUUGGAAUAAACCUGCCGGUGCUACUACAUUGAUGAUGUAUAUUACUUCUAAUGCUCGGUAUAUGGCUCCUGGUCUAACUCCGCUGUGUUACAUGGCACAGCAGAGAAGUGCAGAUUACCUGGAGAAGGUGUUAGAUCUUUGGGAACCGAAUCUUGAUAUGAGUAUCCUUGAGGAUCCAACAAUCGAUGACUUUACUUCAUCGGGAGAUAAAUAUGAUUUUUGUGGAUUUAUCACCUAUGAUUUAGCUGUUCGGCUUGCUAAAUUUGGCUUAAAUCUUCAAAAUACUAUUGUCACUGGAACGGAACCAGACGAUCACCAUCAUAUCGAAGGGGCUACCGCAUGGCAUGCUGGUGCUUGUAAUGGACCUGGCUUCCUGGAUUAUUUGGAGGAAUGCUCUGAUGUAUCAAAGCUUUCUCGUGAUGAAAACGGGGAUACCCCUCUUGUUUACGCAGUGCAAGCUGGUCAAUAUGAUACUAUCCGUUGGUUUAAUGAUCAUGAUAACGGUUAUCUCAACUUGAAGACUAUUACGCAGCGUAUGUUUGAAUUCUUUGUUUCCAUUUCUGCGAUUUUUUCUUUUGGGUCUAUAGAGGAAGGCGAAGCACUUCCACCUCCUCCUUUUGGUUGUGGGCAUGAUACGAUUUUGUAUACAUCUGAUGUUUUGUUCUGGACCAUAUUUCUCGUUAAUCUGGUAUACUAA